UUCUGGGUGUGUGUUUAUGACAGACUAUCAGACCCGCUGCCUCCUUCCGGCCUCGCCGUGGGCGAUGAGACUCCACGUGAGGAACUUGGCGUUCUGAGUCACGCCCUCCUCAGAGACACUUUUGCCCUCGGGGAGACUUGGCAGUCGCUCCCUACCCACCUCGCCCGCUGCCCGGCUCCUCCGGGUCCACGGGGUACCACCGAGCGCCCACGGGGGCCUGCCGGCCGCCCGGUGACCCGGGCCGGUGGGGGUAGCCGGCCGGUACCGGCCAGGGGACCGACGCCUUCUACCCCGCUCUGAGGUGUGGGAUCGGCAGGCUGAGAGACGCCUCUGGUGAGAAUGGAUCCCGUGACCUAUGCCGAGUUCCUGAGAGAAUCCGGGAAUGAGGCCUUCCGAACCGGGAACUAUACCUUGGCCAUCCGAAAAUACGACGAGGCGAUAUCCGUGCUGCUCCAGCUGUAUCACUGGGGAGUUCCUCCGAGAGACCUGGCCGUGUUGCUGUGUAACAAAUCCAAUGCCUAUUACAACUUGGAAAAGUGGGGGGAAGCCUGCAAUUCUGCACAGGAGAGUCUGCGUUGGGACCCCACUUACGUUAAGGGUUACUACAGAGCCGGCUACUCUUUGCUUCACCUCUUCAGACCUCAAGAAGCCUCUCAGAUGUUUUUCAAGGGGCUGGGGAUUCUGCAGAGCUCACUGGACACGGGCCAGACGGCCGAAUUUUUGGUGGGACUCCUCGCCACCGUCAACGAGCACCAGGUGGAAUUGGUGGGCUUGUCGUCCUUCUACGAGAAGAUCUUCAACCCCCGCUUCCCGGCCCUCGUCUGGCAGCUGGUGAUAGAGAAGUUGACCAGGAAGGGGAUGUGGCAGGCCUUGCUCCUGCUGUCGACUGAGAAAGAGAGAUUACCGGGCUUGCUAAGCAUUCCUCAGUUAUCACUGAGGGAACUCUUUGAGAAAUAUGUCUUCUGCGGGGACUACGUCAACCUGGAGAUGGUGCCCAACCUGGUGGAGUGGCUGAUCUCGAUGGGGGCCAGCGUGGAGAGCAUUGGGCUGCACCCUCUUCAUGCCAUCAUGAAACUCUGCAUCCUCGCCAAGGGAAGCCGUCUCUUCAGGUGGCUGCUGGAUCAGAGACCGGACUUGGUGAAGAAAAUCAACACGCAGGACGAAGAAGGACGGACUCUCCUGCACCUCGUGGCCGCCAACUCGCCCGGUUACCUCAUCAAACGUCAGACGGAGGACGUGCAGAUGCUUCUCCGGUUCGGCGUGGACCCCAGGACCCUGGACCGUCAGUCGAGGCGGGCGGUGGACAUCCUGAAGAGAAACAAAAACUUCAAGGCCAUCGAUAAGAUCAACUCCCACUUGGAGCGGUCGUCCAGCUUCCCUCGGGACUUUCCGGGGCAGAGCAACGGCGAAAUCGCCGAGAGCGAGGAUGAAGUCUUUCUGGCCGCGUUCGAGCAGUUCGCCCAGUUCUUUGGCUCCGAGCACGGAGCCCAGCACAAGAACCUGCUGAAACAGGAGGCGGUUCAGAGGUUUAUCCACGCCCUCGCCACCGUCCAAGAGAUCCCCCCGACCCUGGCCUGCGACGUGGAUCCCCACGCAGCCAGCGCCCUGAUCAAGUCGCUGCUGGAGAGGCAGAAGUGGUCCGAAGUCCUGCUGUUGCUGACCCGCAAGGCCAACGGCGGCGGGGAGCCGCACCCCGGCCCCGGCCUCAUCCGGACCUGUGACCUGUCCGACCUGGACAUCCGCGUGGUCAUCCAGCACCUCAGCAGCUGGGACGAUCGAAGGACCCACCUCCUGAGAUGCCUCAUAGACCGAGGAGCGUCCCCCGAGGGCCCGAGGCAGGCCCGGGAGAGGCCGCUGCCCGUGUGCCUGAGGGACAACGACUUCCAGCUGGCCUAUCUGCUCCUGAGCAAAGGGGCGGACCCGCAGAGCAUCUCCCUGGCGGAAGGCGAUACCCCGCUCCACGCCGCCCUCUACAUCGUCUUAGACAAAAAGGACGAAAUCGGCUUUAGCUUCCUGAACUAUCUGCUGGGCCUGUUCUCGUCCAACCCCUCCGCUUUCCCCUACCUCAACCCCAACGCCCAAGACGCCAACGGGAACACGGUGAUGCACGUCAUCUUCCAGAGGAAGCCGAUGAAGCGCCUCAAGAGGCUCAUGGACCUGCUGGCCCGGUUCGACAUCAACCUGAACCUGAAGAACAAGUGGGGGAAGGACGUCAAGUACCGCGUCAAGAAGAACGACCCCCUGCUCGUGAGCUGGACCCGGGCCGUGCUGGAGCACAGGCGGCGGCACAAGCAGGAACCCGCCGGGCCCGUCGGCAAGACCGCCGGGUCCCCGGGGCCCGGCCCUUCCCCUCGAUCCAAGAGCCCGGGCUCGUCGUCUUCCACCUCGGCCUCCUCGGCCGGAGACGCCCGCGGGGCCGGGCGGGAGUCGGCCGGAGACGCCCGCGGGGCCGGGCGGGAGCCCGGAGCCGCCGGGAAGGCCCACGCGCCGAGGGACGGCCUCGCGGAAGCCAUCGCGGCGCUGAUCGCGCAGGUGGAGCGGGAGGGGCCCGAGGCCCCCGAGGAACCCCCGGCCCCGCCGCCCCCCCCGGCCCCGGCCCCGGCCGUGGGACGGGCCGUCGGCGUCCGCGGGCCGGAGGAGCCGGCGAGCCGGGAGGCGGCGACGGCCGGGAGCGGGCCGGCCCCCGUGGCCAACGGGCCCGUGGGGGCCGGGACUCCGGACGGGGAGGUCCCGGAGCCGGAGGCCCGCCUCCAGGACUUCGACAAGAUGACCUGGGAGAUCGAGUGCACGUCGGAGGUGCUGAAGAAGCUGGGGAGCCCCGCGGUCCCGCGGCCGAUGAAGAGGAAGAUCGUGCUCGUCAUCCAGCAGCUGGGCAACGGCGAGUGGACCCAGAGCCUGCAGAAGCGGCUGAGGCACCUCAAGGCGGGCAUCCGGCUCUACGAGGCCAAGCUGGACAAGGGGGCGCGCAUGCUCUGGGAGCUGGCCGUCGACUUCUCGCCCCGCUGCAGCGAGAACCCCGAGAAGCCGGCCUCCCCCCACGGGCCGGAGAGGUCGGGCCGGGUCUACACGGAGAUGAUCCGGAUCUGGGACGUCGUCCUGGACCACUGCAAGCUCAACGACGCCAUCAGGGCCAUCUGCAGCGCCUACAACCGGGGCCUGGCCUGCGUCUUGAGGAAGAAGCUCAAGGGCAUCAACCAGAGCCGGCUGUCGUCCCACCUGAAGAUCCAGAGGCGCAUCCCCCGGUGCUACGUGGAGGACCUGGAGGCGGGCAAGGGCCAGGCCCAAGGCCUGCUCGAGUACUUCCCCCCCGCCAGCGCCGUGGAGACCGAGUACGGCAUCAUGAAGUUCCACAGCUUCAGCACGGACGUGGCCUUCAACAUCGUCCACGACUCCGCCUCGCCCGUCGAGUACCCGUUCCGGGUGGGCGAGCUGGAGUACGCCGUGAUCGGCCUGAACCCCCGACCCCUGGAGCCCAUCGUCCUCAUCGGGCGGAGCGGGACGGGGAAGACCACCUGCUGCCUCUACCGCCUGUGGAAAAAGUUCCAUUCCUACUGGGAGAAGGCCCGCCGGGCCCGGGGCCCUCUGCUGGUCCGGCAGACCUGGCAGAGGAGGCGGCUCCAGGCGGGGGGCGGAGGGGCCGAAGAAGAGGAGGAGGAGGAAGCGGAAGAGGAGGAGGAGGAGGAGGAGGAGGACGGCGACGGGCGGGCCGAGGACGGCGACCGGGCCGAGGCGAGGGAGGACCAGGCGGCGGCGGCCGGCGGCCCGGGGCCCGGGUCCGGUCUGGACGGCAGCGAGGCGGCGGGGGCCGGCGGCCCCGCGGCCGAGGAGGGCGGCGGGAGGGAGCCGGACCGCCUGGAGCACCUGCACCAGGUCUUCGUCACGAAGAACCACGUCCUGUGUCGGGAGGUCCAGAGGAACUUCGUCGAGCUGUCCAGGUGCACCCAGUGCACGAGCCACUUCAAGCCCCUGGAGCCCAACGUCCACAGGCUGCAGGACGUGAAGGACGAGAACUUCCCCCUCUGCCUCACCUCCAAGCAGCUGCUGCUCCUGCUGGACGCCUCGCUCCCCGAGCCCUUUUUCCUGAGGAACGAGGACGGCAGCUUGAAGAGGAACGUCGUCGGUUGGUCCGCGCGGGAGGAGCUGCUCAUCCCCAACUGGCAGGAAGAGGACGAGGACAGGGAAGCGGACGGGGCCCACCAGGAGGAAGACGGAGGCGAGGGAGCCGGCGCCGGGGAAGACGAUCCCCGGGUGUUCGUGACCUACGAGGUGUUCGCCCGGGAGAUGUGGCCCAAGAUGGUGAGGGGCAAGCACCCCUUCAACCCCGCCUUGGUGUGGAAGGAGAUCAAGUCCUUCCUGAAGGGGUCCUUCGAGGCGUUGAGCUGCCCGCGGGGGAGGCUGACGGAGGAGCAGUACCAAAAACUGGGCAAGAAGAGGUCGCCCAACUUCAAAGAAGACCGGAGCGAGGUGUACAACCUCUUCCUCCUCUACCAGCAGAUCAGGUCGCAGAAGGGCUACUUCGACGAAGAGGACGUCCUCUACAACCUGUCCUGCCGACUGGCCAAGCUCCCGGAGUUGCCCUGGUCCAUCCACGAACUCUACGGGGAUGAGAUCCAGGACUUCACCCAGGCCGAGCUGGCCCUGCUCAUGAGGUGCAUCAACGACCCCAACGCCAUGUUCCUCACCGGCGACACGGCCCAGAGCAUCAUGAAAGGGGUGGCCUUCCGCUUCAGCGACCUGCGCUCUCUGUUCCACUACGCCAGCAAGAACUGCGCGGACAAGAAGCAGUGCGCCGUCAGGAAGCCCAAGAGGAUCUACCAGCUCUACCAGAAUUACCGGUCGCACUCGGGAAUUUUAAAUUUGGCUUCCGGGGUGGUGGACCUGCUCCAAUUCUAUUUCCCGGAAUCCUUCGAUCGUCUGCCCCGGGACAUCGGCCUCUUCGAUGGCCCCAAGCCCACCGUCUUAGAGUCGUGCAGCGUCAGCGACUUGGCCAUUUUGUUAAGAGGCAACAAGAGGAAGACGCAACCCAUCGAGUUCGGGGCCCACCAGGUGAUCUUGGUGGCCAACGAAAUGGCCAAGGAGAAGAUUCCGGAGGAACUAGGGUUGGCGUUGGUGCUGACGAUUUAUGAAGCCAAAGGCUUGGAGUUUGACGACGUUCUCCUGUACAACUUCUUCACCGACUCCGAGGCUUACAAGGAGUGGAAGAUCAUUUCUUCAUUCACCCCUUCACCCCACGUGACGGAAGAGAACAAACCGAUAAUCGAAGUGGCCCUGGAAAAGAGAAUGGCCUCUCCGAGCCGGGCCCUCGGAAUCAACGCCGAGAUGUACAAGUUGCUUAAUGGGGAGCUGAAGCAGUUGUACACGGCCAUCACCCGAGCCCGGGUCAACCUGUGGAUCUUCGAUGAAAACCGAGACAAGCGGGCCCCCGCUUUUAAAUACUUCAUCAAGAGGGAGUUCGUCCAAGUCGUCAAGACCGACGAAAACAAAGACUUCGACGACAGCAUGUUCGUGAAGACGUCCACCCCUCAAGAGUGGAUUGCGCAAGGGGAUUACUACGCCAAGCACCAGUGCUGGAAGGUGGCGGCCAAGUGUUACCAGAAGGGAGGAGCGUUGGAGAAGGAGAAGCUGGCACUUGCCCACAACGCGGUGCUGAACGUCAAGUCGAAGAAAAUCAGCCUCAAGGGGAAGCAGAUGGAGUACUUGGAAUUGGCUAAGACCUAUUUGGAGUGUGGCGAACCUAAACUGUCUCUGAAGUGCCUGAGCUACGCCAAGGAGUUUCAGCUGUCGGCCCAGCUGUGCGAAAGGCUGGGGAAGAUGAAAGAUGCCGCCUAUUUCUAUAAGCGAAGCCAGUGCUUCAAAGAUGCCGCGAGGUGUUUUGAGCAAGUUCGGGAAUUCGAUCUAGCCCUCAAGAUGUACUGCCAGGCGGAAAUGUUUGAGGAAGCCGCGGUGGCGGUGGAAAAGUACGAGAGGAUCCUCGGGGCCGAGGACCCGGCGGCCCCCAAACUGUCCUACUCGGCCAGCCAGUUCUACCUAGAAGCGGCCGCCAAGUACCUGAGCGCCAACAAGAUCCCGGAGAUGAUGGGGGCGCUGUCCAACCUGGACCGGGAGGACCAGCUGGUCUUCCUCAAGUCCCGGAAGCGCCCGACGGAGGCGGCGGACCUGUUGAGGCGGGACGGCCGGGAGGAGGAGGCGGCCCAGCUGAUGAGGCAGCACGGCUUCCUGCUGGAGGCGGCCCGGCUCACGCCCCGCCCGGACUUCCGGGCCUCGUGCCUGCUGGGGGCCGCCCGGCGCCUCGUGGCCGGGCCCGGGGAGGCGGAGGAGACGGAGGCCGUCCUGAGGGAGGCGCUGGAGCUGUCGGAGCAGACGGGGCAGCGGGCCGGCGUGGCCGAGGCGCUCUUCCUGCAGGGGGUCCUCCGGAGGGACCCGGCCCGGCUGCGAGACGCCUUCUCCCGGUUCCUGCGCCUCAACCGCUACGCGGGCGGGGUGGAGGCCCUGUACCACGCCGCGGCCCUGGGCGAGGCCGACGGGGCCCGGCUCCUGGCCCUGGGGCCCGGGGGCCUGGAGGCCCUCCUCGACCUCGCCCGGGCCCUCCGGCGGGCCUCCACCAACGCCGAGAAGGCCACGGUCAAGUCCUGCUUCGACUUCUUCGGCCUCUCGCGGGCGGACCCCGGCCACGGCCCGGCCCCCCCGACCGAGCCGGGCCCCUUCCUCGGGGUCCUGCCGGACGUGGACGCCGGCCCGAGGGGCCGGGAGGCCGGGGACCGCCGGGUCCUGGUCCUGCACAAGCACCUGCUGGGCCGGCUGUGCGCCAUCGGGCGGGGCCUGCUGAGGCAGAGGGUCCCGGAGGCCUGCCCCAAAUACCUCGUCGGCCUGAGCUGCCCGGACGCCCGCUGCCCGGACUUCCACCGGCCCCUGCGGCGCCCCGAGGCCCGGGCCGCCCUGCACGCCAAGAUGCACCGCGUGGCCGUCGGCGGCCUGCUGCUCGAAGCCAAGCGCGUGUUCCCCCGGGCCCUGGCCGAGGAGCUGGCCGAGGUGGACGCCCUGCUGGCCGGGGAGGCGGACGAGGCCUGCCGCUCCCUCCUGGACGCCGUCUUCCCCGGGCCCUUCCACCCGAGGGUCCUGUCGGAGAGCCCGGCGGCCUGCGCGGAGCUGCUGGGGCCCGGGCCCCGCUCCCUCAAGCCCCUGCGGGUGGCCCUGAAGGAGCACGUCCGCGGCCGGUUCCGCCGCGAGAGGGCACGGAGCCGGCGGGAGUCGACGGACCUCUGGCUGGCCGCCAUGCGGGCCGCGGCGCUCUCGUCGGGCUACCCCCAGGAGCUGGAGCGGCUGCUCCACCAGGAGGAGGAGGAUUACAACCGGGAGCUCAAGGCCCUGGGGGCCGGGGAGGGGAGGGCCCGGGGCCGCGGGGCCGGGGGCGAGGCGGGGGGGAGGCCGGCCAAGGGGCCGGAGGGCCGGUUCGGCAUGCUGGCGCCCGACAGGUACGACGGGAGCGCGGAGCGGGCCCACCUGUCCUUCAUCCGGCUGCUGGAGAACUCCCUGGAGCGGCUGUACGGGCGGCGCGACCCCGAGGGCUCCAAGCGGCUCUUCUUCCGCUUCCUCAACGUACUGGUCCGCCGCUGCGCGGAGCCCCCGAUGAUGCCCGGCGUCGGGAACGCGCUGGCGCUGCUGGAGUUCCAGUUCGUCCACUGCGCGGCCGUCCUGGCCCGCCUCUGGCCGGGCGCCGUCCUGUGCCUGCCCCAGGGCUACCUGGCCCUGGUGCACCACUGGGGCCACCUGUUCGGCGGGCCGGACCGAGAGGCGGGCGGCGCCUUCUUCUCCGUCCUCCGCGACUACAGGCCCAAGGACCCCGGCCGGGCCGCCCGGGCCUUCCGCUUCCACCUGUCCUACCUGGCCGGCGUCCUCUGCGGGGCCGAGAACCCGGGCUUCGACGUCCUGCUGGACGCCUUCGGGGAGCCGGGCCGCGUGGCCUCGGGCGAGGCGGAGCGGGCCACCGUGCUCUGCCUGGCCAUGCUGGUCAACGCCGACGAGGUCCUGCAGCCGCGGUGCAAGCCCGUCCUUUUCCGCCACUUCCCGGAGAUCGAGGCCAAGCUGCGCCUCUUCCGGCACGCGCGGCCGGACCUGGUGCCCGCCCGGCUGGUCCGGCUGGUGGACCGGGUCCAGGCCGCCUCGGACGUCGGGGCCGUGGCCGAGGCCCUGCAGGACCUGCUCCUGGAGCGGGACGGGGAGCGCCUGGUGGACUGCCGCUGGCGCGGGGACGGGCCCCCCCCCGGCCGGGGCCUGCGCUGCGAGGCCGUCAGCCUGGCCCGGCUGGGCCGCCUGGACCCCCUGCGGGGCCCGGCCGGGCCCGAGGCCGACUACGAGCGGGACGAGCCCGCGGAGGAGCGGGAGGACCCCCUGGCCGCCAUCCUGUCCCAGAAGCGCCUCAGGGAGCUCCGGCAGGCCUCCGCCCGGCGCCGGCUGAGGCGGGUCUGCCUGGUGGUCUCCCUGUGCGUCCGCUGGAGGCGGGGCGCCCGCCCCCACCCGGAGCCCGGCGCCGACGAGGCCCGGGCCCCCGGGCCCCCCGGCCCCUUCUUCAAGCGGGCCGACGUCGACCGCACUCAGUGCGACCUGUGCGGGGUCCGGUUCGGCCGGGGGCCCGAGGACCUCCUGGGUCCGGCCGGGGCCCCCGAGGGCGAGGCGGGGGCGGGGCCGCCGGGCCGGGGCGGGGCCCGGGCCGCCGGCCCGACGACCUACGAGGAGCACGUCCGCCUGGAGGAGCAUCGGAGCAAGCUCCUGGCCUACGGGGGGUACCAGGCGCUGCUGGCCGGUCGGGUGGCCCCGGCCGUGGAGGAGGGCGAGCGGCUGGUGAGGGACAUGGAGCAGAGCCUCUGGGUCGGGGGCCACCUGGGCUCCAAGGAGCAGAGCAACAUGAUGCGGAGGAAGGUGCAGGAGAACAUCAGGAGGAUCUCAGACACCGCGGAGGACCUCUACAAGAGAAAAGCCUGGGCCGACGCGGAGGACACCAUGGUGAGCCUGGUUCGUGCGUUGAUGGCGUCGGUUGAGGAUGCCCGGGAGUGGCUGGAGAAGACGGAGGUGUGGCUGAAAGAGGAAGGCAUUGCCCAGGAAAAUGAGUUUGAAAACGAAGACUUCGGGGAGCUGUGCACUAAAAGGCGCUGGAGAAAACGUGGGAAGCCCCGCCGAUAUUAAUGUCUAGACCGUCGUUGAUUUCCCACACCCGGCGCCCAUUCCAGUGGAUGGAUGACAGCAGCCUGGGAGGGGGCGGGCGACAGUGGAGGCAGCAGCCGCCAAAAACACGUGGGGCCGAAAAGAGCGGUUCGGCCCACCUUCUCUCUCACUUCUUCUCUCUCGCCGUCAGAAGUUCCGUUGCGUCUCUCCGGCUGUUUCGGGGGAAGCCGACGGCCCACGGGCCCCGAGGUUCUGUGAGCGUCCCGGAGGGUGACGUGUUAGGGUCGGGGGCCCGGGUGAGCGGCGGGGGCGGCGGAGAUGCCCCCCGGGACGGUGCUUGGAAUCAGGCUCCUGGGUGAGGCCCGCUUGUGGACGGGGGACCUUCCUGUAGCCGGGGACAGGGGAGCGUGGGCCGUCCGAUCGCCGGAUCCGUCCUCGUCUGGUGACGUCGCUGCUUCUCGGCGGGGUCGGUGGCCCUCCGAUGCAGGGAGGAGAGCCCCCCCCCCCCCCAGUCAGGUGCCAGGGGCGGGGAGGUUGGCAACGGUAACGCCGUCCUCCGGUUGACCCUGCCUAUCCCGUCAGUGCCCUCCUGAGUCCCUCCCCUCCGACACUUGCAAGGUAAACAUCUCUCUUGGUCUUUCUCACCGAUCUCGUUUUCCUCAGUGCCCCCACCGGCCGAAGAACACACUCUGUUCCGGGGUACGUUCUGAUAUCGUCGGCAUUCAGAAAAAUACCCGUCCUUCCGCUCGUAGUUAAGAUGCGUGGGUUGGGGCCCGAACCGACCCACGACCACGCAAUUCCCAUCGGACCCCCUCGCCGCGACCGGUGUCCGGGCACCCUACGCUGCCCUAGCUGGGCUUCCUGCCGCCUCUGUAGAAUCAGAAAACCCAGGUGUCGAUAAUUUUUACUUCGCAGGUUUUUAUAGAGUUUGUUGACCAGAAAUCUUGCUCUAUCAAUUCUGUUUUUAAUAAAGUCAAAUGGUUUCCGUUUUA